AUGAGCGCCGACCUGAAGAGGGUCAGGGCAUCCCAGGAUGAAGGGCAUUCAACUCCGGCGUCAAAAAGGAGGGCAUUAACGCCCAGCGGGAGUGGAGGCAUGGUCGCGCAGGCUGCAGAGGAUGAAGGGGGCAUGGAAGAUUGGAUGCGGGUGGUAGAGGUCAAGCGCAAAGAGGCCAUAUAUCGCCAAAUGCUCGAAUACCGUCGGUCCUACGAGACUGAAACACGCAAAGUCCGGGAAUUAGAGGAACAGCAAAGACGACUCGAAGCGAGCGUCCAAGCUGUCGAAGUUUGCUGGACUCAGCUGGUUAACGCCGUUCGCAGUAUUGUGCCUGAUACUGGCUCGUCAGAGGAGGCUGCUCUGGAACCUCUAUUGGAGCCAUCACUAGCACCGCCAGCUCUCGAACAAGCUAUCAGUGCACGUUUACCUGCAACUCUACAGCUUAUCAACAGCUUUAUGGACGUCGCCUCGCGCAAUGGCGCACGGACCUCAACGGAGGAAUUGCAGCAGCGAUGCUCUGCCCUUCAAGCCGAGUCCAGUACACUGCGCUCAGCGAACCAAACCCUUCAAUCCCAGUUAUCCACCUCUACCGAAGCCUCAGAACGGUAUCGAUCCGAUCUCGCACGCGCUCAAAAACGAAUAGACAAGCAACGCAUGGAUCAUGAUCUUGCCGAGCAGGAAUGGCGGGCGUCUCGAGAUCGAGAUAGGGAACGGACGGGUACGCCGGGACUCAAGCCUCGGGCGAACGGUCCCGUCUCUGGCGGGUCAGCACCCAACGGAGUAUCCGAGGACGAUAUCAAGCCGAACCUCGAGCGCUCGGCGGGGUUGCUGCAGGAUACCACGCAGCUGGAGCAGCUCGCUGAUUCUCGACUCAAGGAGCUACUCGCUCUUCGGUCGGAACAUACGUCUUUGCAAAACGAGCACGACAAGCUCCGCCAGCACGCCUUACAUCCCUCGGAAGAAGCUCUUCGAGCCGCCCCCUUCUUCCAGAUCUACCUCCACCAGAUAUCGCAGCAGUACUCCCGGGCCGAGGCGUACCAAGCCCAAUUCGAGGCUUCCGAAUCCAAGCUCGAUAAUAUCCGGCAGGAUAACGCUGCCUUCCGCGAAGCGGUCGUCGCGGACUGCAGAGUCGAGGCGGACUCAUUGCGGAAGCAGGUCCAAACGCGCAAUGCGGACCUGGCGCGGAUACGAGGGGAAAGGGACGAGAUGAAUGUAUCGCUGGUGGAGAAGACGGCGAGGGAGGAGAGCCGGUUUAAGUGGGUGGAAGAGAUGGAGGGGUUGAUGAAGAGCCGGGAAGAGCGGAUUGGGGCGCUCAAUUCGGAGGUGAGGAGGCUUAGAGCGACGUUAGGUGCGGGACAGGGGAGUAUGGGGUAUCUGGCGUUCCUGAAGGAGGAGGGAGUGGAUGGGGACUAUGUCAAGUCGCUGGAGGCCAAGUUUGCGGACAACGAGGGUCGGAUCAGCGCGCUGUCGGCAGCUACACAUUCGGAAGCAAGUGCUCGCGCGGAUCUCGAAAAGGCAGAACGAGCUCUCGCGAAGUUUGAGCGGAUACUCGGUCCAGAUCCGACCGCUGCUGCAGAUGCCGUCCAAUUGGCAAAACAGCUCGAAGCUGCAGAUACAGAGAUCUCGACUCUUCGCCUCAAGCUUGAUACCGCCGAAGCAAAUACCAACUCGCUCUACACCGACGUCGAGGCCCUGCACACUCGCGCCGAGACGCUCGAAAAGCAACUCCAAUCCAAAGUGUUUGAUCUGCGCGAUGUCGACGCCCGGAUGAACCGCGUGACCACCGAAAAGGCAAAGGCGGACAAUCGGUAUUUCCAGACGAUGCGAGUCAAGGAUGCGGUUGAAGCGGAGUGCAAGGCUGCGCAGCGGUCGGUGGACAAGCAAUUAAAGUUGUUGGCGCGGGCACAAGAGGUCGAGAGGGGUUUGCAGGCGCAGAUUACUGCGCAUGAGAAGAGCUUUGUUGCUGUCAAGAAUGAAGCGUCGACUUUGCAGACUCAGCUGGCGAAUACGACGGCGGAGCGUACGCAGUACGAGAUGCGGUAUCAGCAGGCCCAGGCUGCGCUUACCGAUGCUCAACUCAUCAUGCAACAACGCGUCGCCGAGGCCGCCGCCGAAAAGGAGACCCGAAUCAAGCUUCAAGAAGAGGUCGAUAAGGCGACGACUGCCCUCCAGAAGCUGAAAGAUCGCCAAGAGCACCUUAUUGCGAACAGCAGUAAAGGCGGAGGAGGGACGUCGGCGACUGAGCUGCAGAUGAAGGAUGAGCGGGAUAAGCUGCUCAAACUUCUUCGGUGUUCAUGCUGUGAGCAAAACUUCAAGCAGCAGGUCAUUGUCAAGUGUAUGCACACUUUCUGUAAACCAUGUCUCGACUCUCGUGUCGCUUCGCGCCAACGAAAAUGCCCAGCGUGCGGGCUCAGCUUCGCCAAGGAGGAUGUGCAGACUCUGUACUGGCAAUAG